AGUAUAUUUUUAUACUUUGAUCGAAGAUCGAUGGUCUCAAGAAUCGAUUCAAAGCUGUACGAUCGAUCUAAAAAAAUCGAGAAUUAGACGCAAAAGAAUCGAUUCUUCAAAAGAUCGAUUUAAGAUCGCCUAUCCCUUCCCUACUCGCCCUACCCUAGUGUUUCUGAGUCCAACAUGGCGGUAAUACGAUGCCGCUCGUAUUAAAGAUAAUUGAUUCGAAAAUUUGUUGGAUAACAAUUCUUUUUCAUGCAAUUUUCGUGUCGCCCUGAAUAAGAAUUUCAACUGACAAGCGACACAAUCGCGCAACAGUAAAAAUGCUGUUAACAUUGAAGCCGGAUCACAAGAAGCACAUAUUGUUUCUAGCUGAUCAAUCGUCGCCAGUUUUGCAGGAUUUCUGCAAAUUAGCUGUGGAUUAUUUGCAGAAGGGUCCGAAUGUCAAAGUGUACAACGCUGCCGCUCAGAAGCUAAACGUUGAGCUAAAUGUAAUUAAACAAUCAGUAGAAGGUUUGGUGAAUCUCCUUUUGGAAAGCUGCAAGCAUAAGCUGAGCGCAGAAGAUUUCCGGGAUUCUGUGGUGGCUUUAGGUUUCACAGAGGACAAGGAAGCGAUACUGAGUAAAUUGUACAGCGUUAAAAAGGAUGAGGUCUCGGGUGCGCUAGAAGAAAUUGGAUUUAAACUAUCGAAAUACCAUGACUUGGAAUGGAGAUUUGAAGUGCAGACUGCGUCAAGAUCCCUGUUGAAACAAGUUGCGCCGCUUAUCUCUUUGGAUUUCUCAUUGAAGAAUCCAGAUAAUCCAGAGGAAAUUGAACAUGUUCUGCUGCAAACCGAUCCGACCAACUUGCUUCACAUGACUCAAGAAUUGGAAGAAGCUCUGCAAGAAAGUCGCAGUCAGCAUAUUCGAAGAAUUUCCAAAACAGUAAAAUGAGGCUUUUUGCAACUUGUAUUAUUAUUAUACUUGAAGGAAUUUUAAUAUAAUAUGUGAAUAUGUGUAUAUAUGUGUAAUAUAUAAAUACAUAUAAAAAUAAGUGUAUAUAAAAGAAAACCGUGCUUUUUUUGCACAUGUACUGUGGACAUGGCACAGUUAUCAUUAUAUCUAUUCCUUAUUAUAAACUAUUAAUGUUUUACAAACUGAAA